CCCGCCCGCCUCCCGCCAUGCCCCGCGCCGGGCCGGCCGCGCGGUGUGCGCUGGGAGCUGUAGUCCCGCGGCUGCGGCCCCGUGGCCCCUCUCUCAUCGGGCCGAAGGGCGCGGCGCCUGCGCCCGGCCCCGUCCCGUCCGGGCCGCGGUGUCCCGGCAGCGAGCCUCGCUCGUCCCACCCGGAGAUGCAACGUGUGCUGCGCCGGCUGCUCCCCGCGCUGUGCUCGGCGUGGCCUGCGGCCCUUCUCGCCCCGCGCGCCCUUCUCGCCCCGCGCGCGAGUCCCAUGGCGCUGCGGCCGGCGGCGGCAGAAGCGGGUGGCGGCGAGAAGCCGUCCGUCGCAACCGACUCGACCCCAAAGCACGAUGGGCUGGAAAAUAUGCAGCAGGAGAAGAAAAUCGUUAAAGGAAAUAAAAAAAGGACACAAGAGGGAAAAAAGCCAUGUCCUCCUGCUGAUUCAGUUGAUUCUCUGAUGGCAGAGAUGCCAUUUGCCGACAUAGAUAUUGAAGAUGAAUUUGCUAAGCAUACAACCUCUGAAAUAAAUACAGAAAAGAAAAGGAAGAGGACGACUGGAAAGGAAAUUCCAGAAGGCAGUGAGAGAAAGAAGAAAAAGAAAAAGCAGUAUCAGCCAAAUUAUUUCAUUUCUCUUCCAAUUACUAAUCCAGAGAUUGCUGGCAACAUUCGGGCUGUCCAAGAUGCAAUAAUACAGAAGGAUGAUAGGCUUUCCAAAGCAAUGGUUCACUGCGGUUCGUUGCACGUCACAAUGUUAGUGAUGCAUUUAUCCAGCAAAGAAGAAAUUAGCAUAGCAGUUGGUGCUCUUGCUGACAGCAAGGAUUUUGUAGAAGAUCUCCUAAAAGGAAAAACCGUGGAUUUGUCUUUUCAAGGAAUCGAUCAUUUCAAAAAUGAAGUUGCAUUUGUGCAGUUGGCAGAAAAUGAUCAUACAGCUGUACUUUCGGAAAUAGCAGAAACUAUGAGGAAGAUAUUUCAAGAAAAGGGCAUUUUGGCAGGAGAAGAAAGAGCUUUUAAGCCCCAUCUCACCUUUAUGAAGUUGUCAAAAUCAAUACAGCUACGUAAGCAGGUGAAAAAAAUUGACUCAAGCCUUUAUGAAGAUUAUAAAAGCCAUUAUUUUGGAGAUGAAAUCCUGCAUCGCUUCGAUCUUUGCUCUAUGUUGAAAAAAAAGCAACCCAAUGGCUACUACUACUGUGAGUCCUCUGUUUUUCUUGGCAGGAUCUUUAUAUGUGCUGUGUCAGAUGUGAAUCUUAAAAGAAGCUUAUAACAGGGAACAGAUCAUGGUAUUAGAAGGUCAACUUAUUUUUUUUCUUUGUACACCUUUGAUGUUAUAUUUUGGGUCAUGUCACUUUUAAUGUAGUGGUGUUGGAAGACAUGGGAUAUUGACAUUCAUGCCAAAAGCUCAUGUGAAGACUUAACUUUGUAUUUUUUCUUCAGAAAUAGAAAUUCCGAAAUAGAGCAAAACUCUGUUUUGCAUGUUGUUAAUGAGCAGGGGUUCCUUUUCAACAAGAAUAUGGACAGUCUUAAAAAAUGUUAAUAAAUCAAAAUCUUCACUUUGACAUACUCCAGGAAAAAAAGAGAACAUCUGUUCUUGUAUGGUUCCUCUAACAGGAAGAAAGAAAUAUAAAAAAUCUUUUACACGUGUCCUCAACAACAAAAUGCUUACUUAAAGACUAUGAUAAACUAAUUCUUGUAUACAUUGCAGCAUUUUUCAGAGUUCUGGUAAUAAGCAGAAAUAUUCUUAACAAAAAUUGAGCAGAGGGAUAUCAACAAGCAAGUCAGUGGAUAUAACCUUUCCAACUUAGAAGCAUCCUAGCUUUUUUAAUGAAAAUAUUCAUGACCAAGGAAUGAUGGACUCCUCAGAAAGAGAGAAUAAAACAUACAUUAGGGAAAUCUAUCCAGACCAUUGUCAUCCCUUCUAGCUCAAUAGAAACAUCUUCACUGUAAAUAGUUUUAAAGGAAAGCCAUGACUUCAUCUUUAAGGACUAAGAACUCUUAAAAAGAAGAAAAAUUCUACUUAUUCUGAAGAUGCAUCCUUAAAGACUAAGAAAUCACAAAAAGAUGGGAGCUUUGCAAAGGUAGUGUGCCCAUUCAUCCUCAAAUUCUGCAAAAUCCUUAAAGGCACAGUGAGCAAAAAAUAAAAGGAAAACUGCUGAUACAGGCAUCUUUUCUGUCUGAGCUGAUUUCAGUGGAAAGCUACAACAUUCUAAGGCUUGAAAUGGACAGAAAUACAUGGGAUUAAUUCAUCAUACUCCAUUUUUUUUUCCCUAACAAAUCCUAUUUUUUCAUCAUCAUGAAAACUACACUGGAUUUGUAUGCCUCAUCUGCUGUUUUUCACCUACUCUUCAACACCUGAAGUUGUUCAUGCUUAAUGCUAUGUCAAAACUAACACGGUAGUGGAGAAGACAAAGAGUGUUUAUGAGCAGCUACUACCAUCUCUACAGUUUCUGUUGUUUAGAGCAGAUUUGCAUAAAUACUGCUACUAAAAGGUAGUGUUGUUUCCAGUACCCCGUGUAGGGUGUAGGUGGUAACUUGCUUUGUGCCUUGUGGUACCUUGUUUCCCUGUCCUCCAGCACUGAUGGUGGAAGUGCUUACUGGUCCUCAGGUCUGUUUUGAGAAAUUAUUAUUAAAUACACAAUACUUUCAGCAUGCCAGACACUUUGGAAAUGCUGAAUAUUAUUUUGUGUUAAUGUUCUUGUUUGCACUUAGGCCAUCUUUAUUUAGAUUUACUGUUACAAAACAAAUAGAAAAUACUGCCUGCAGUACAGAUUAAAAAAAAAAAUAUAUAGGAUGGCUCUUUAAAUUAGUGACAAUAUUGCAAAAUCCAGAGCAGUCAAAACCAAAAUUAGAUUUAUUUAUACAUCUGUCUUUCUCUCUUACUAUAUAUAAUAUUUUUUACUUGUGUUCUGGAUGUUUUAUAGCUAUAUCUAUAUGUAUACAUAUGUCUAAUGUCUGCACAUAUGUUUGCACAUCCAAUUAAGUACUUAUAUAUAUUCAAAUACUUAGAAAAAGAGAAAGCAAAAGAUUAUUUACCAUGGUACAAUAUUUUUCAUUUGGAUUAAAGUAAGGCUCCACUACUCACAAAUAUACUUCAGAAUGGUUUGGAAUAUGUAUCUGAUUAAGGAAUGUGAUAAAUAGCUCAUUACAGAUAAAAGCUCUUUAGAAGUAUAUUUGGUCGAUAUUGACACUGACAAUAUUAUUUUGGAACAUUUAUUUAAAUCUCUGUACUUCUUGAACUUUUUGCGUUAGCAGCAUUUCAAAAUGCUGAAAUGAGAUCGUCUUUCAGCUUCAGAGUGUGAGUCUCAUUAAAUGUUUUUUAACAGCAGUCAAUCAACUGGUAUUCAAAGCAAGAAUCAGAUGCUUCUUUGGCUUUAACUGAGUUGUGGUGUGAUAAUUCCGAAGGAAUUUAUGGGAAGUGUAAUUUUCACAAUCUGAACAGAAUUCUCUGAGUUGUUUUUAUAUGAGUAUUACAUCUGGCUUUCUCUAGCCGUAGUAUUUGCAUAGAUGUUCUUCAAUGACAUGACGUUAAGAAAAUGGAGCUUUCUGAUCACCACUUUCCUCAGAGCCUCAGAGGGUCAAUGCAUUUUUCCAAUAUGCAUGCAUCUGGUUUUUCUAGUUUUAUGUGCAUUAAUACUUAUCUAUCUAAAGGCAGCAGUAGAGGAAAAACAACUAUAUUUGAACAGAGUUCAAAUUCCUUAUUGUUUAAUUUCAGAGGAGAAACAAUUUUAAUGAAUUUUGAAAAACUCAGUAUUUUAAAUAUUUUUAAAUAUUUUAAAAUAUUAUUUGAGUAUGGACUUUGGGAAACAUAGGUAGCUAUGGCAUUCAAAGAAACAUGGGAGGGAAUCAAUGCAGUUCUAUCAAUACAUAUUUUGUGUGUAAUUCUUAUUAGAGACAAGAGCUGUACCCAGCUCUAAUUCUUUUUGUGUAUGUGCACUCAAGCACUUCUGUUUUUCAUCAAAGUGCACAGAAAAUACAAAAGCUGUAUUUACUUUUUGCUACUUAGAGUUUGGCCAAAUUUCAAGUUUAUGUGUCUAACAAGAUGAAAAGAUGUAAGAAAGGGUCAGAUGUAAUGUUAGAAGGGAAACACAAAUCGAUGCACAAUAAAGGACUGCAUGCUAUCAUUGCUAUUGCUAAGAAGUGCCACAACACAUGCCAGCUGGGUAGCUGCACAUUUAAAAAGCGUUUAAAAAUAGAGGAAGCAUUAAAGCUUGAUAUAGACAAAGACAGAGGUGGAACACCUGCUGAGAUUUAACAAUAUGCACAGCAUGUGAACAAGCUUUGAUGGUAUAUUAUGGAGAAGCAUCCAAUAUCUUUAGCAUAGCCUAUAGACACGUGCAUCAGAUUUCUCUGCAUCUGCAUGCCAGCCCCACAGGGUUUGUAUUCAGAAGUUAGAAUAGGACAUGACAGUGACAAUGGGGUUGAAGCUUCUUUCUCAAAGCAGAGAUCAGUUUAUUCUUUAAAGCAGAUAAAACAGCAAGCCAACAAAAAGUGCUUCUUCAGACGACUCACUCUGACACCUGUUGUAUGUCACCUCAGAUCUGAAAGAACAGUGAAUGCUGGAGUGAGGUGAGCUUCUCAAUAUGUACUCCCUUAGCUGUAUGAUGGGUUAGUUCAUUAUAUCACAGUAGAGAUGUUCAGUAGGCCAUCUGGCCAUCAGAGGGAUCAUUAUUAAAUUUUCUUAUGUUAAACAUGAGUUUGAUAUUAAGUAUCCUGCUUAAAUAUUUUUCAGGAUCGAUAUAUUAAGAUUUUUGUAGACGUUUGUUUUAAAGAAAAUGUAUUUAUAGUAAUAAAAUAUAAAAUUAAAUUAUAUAUAAAUCAAAGGAGGCUUUCACAUGCCAGGCUGCAUUUAUCCUGUAAACUGUGGUAAAGUUCUCCUGAGUGGUUGGUAAUAAGGUGAAAUAUGAGACUUCCUAUGUGAUAUCUUUGAGACAGAAAAUCCUCAACAGUAGUCUGUUCUUUAGUGGAAACCACUCAGCAGAAUGCUCUUACGUUCUGCCCAACCAGAACAAACCAAUCAUAUGUUGGGACUGUGUGCCAGGCUGGAGGUUGAAGUACUAUUAGAGCUCUGCUUAACCCUUGCAAUCUAGCAGUAGCAAUCUGGAAACUGAAAUAGCAGACAACAACCAUUUAGUUGUUGUGGAUAAAAGCAUAAGAAUAUGGUAAAAGAAUGCUCUGUUCUCAAAUAAUUCCUCAAACAGAUGGGUUUUUAAACAGCAGAGCAUUGGUAUGUCAGUCUCUAUUUCUCUGGAACUAUGUAGAAGGCAGGUGUCCAGUCUGCUUUUUGCAGUCUCUCUGAAGUGGGAGACACCUGCAGAAACUCAUUCAUCCCAUCCUAAAACACAUGUUAGAUAGGUUAGGGCUAAGAGGUGUCUAAUAUAGGGAAGAAGUGGAUCUAAGAUAACACCAUUUAAACAGUUGUUAGUAUUUGUUACUUAGUUUGCUUGUUAAUUAUAUAGAUACAAAAAUACUUAGAUUCUCAACUAAAGGAUGCAUUAUAUUUGUAAGGUUUGUGUUUGAGGGAGAUCAAUAACCUUAUAAGCAGAACAUGUUACAAGCAAAACGUAUUCUUGCAGACUGCUAUUCUUAGGCCAUCAGAAUUGUUUAAGUAACUUUUUUAAUAGCUUCGAUUUAGGUUGUUGUGGUGCACCUUAUGUUUCCACAUUACAUUUUACAGUGCUAGCCAGGCAGCUGGUUUGACCUGCCUGUGAUUGAUUUUAUUCAUACAGCAAUUAAACAUUUUCUCACAUUGGAAACAGCAGUGGUAAACAAGUAAUUGUUGGUUUGAUCGUCCAGAUUCUACAUCCUUUAAAAUGAUGAGCAUCUUUUGUUGAUUUCUUUUACUCUCCAUAAUUGCAUGGCAUUGAAUCACUUCUAAAAUUCUGAGUCAUUCUUUCAAUUUGCCCGUUAUCUCUCCUUCUCCUUGUUCUAUAAUUUCAGAGUGUUCCUAUUCAUGUUGUUGCACUUUUUAAUUUUUCUUUCCUUGAUGAUCUAUUUAUAGGCCAGCUUCUAAUUUCUCUACUGUAUUAGGAUGUGAUUAACCAUUCUUGUGUUUCUUGCCUAUUUCUGGCACACUUCCUAAAUUUUAAUUAGAAACAGCACUCAUACUGCUAAUGGAUAAAAACGUCUCGGGCAGCUUCACAGGGGCUAUCUCUUAACAUUUGUAAUUAGUAAUUCAUUCACUGUUUGUGAUGAGUUUAUCCACAGCUGCUACAGUUUUAUGCAUCCAAUAUGCUAAAUAGCUCUUUGCCUACAUAUAAAGCAACAGAUAUUGUGGGUUAAUCUGUAAAUUCUUUCUUAAAAGCACUAUUUGUUAGCAGUGGCAUGUCAUUAAAUACUGACGUAUAAAAGGGAUUCCUUUAAAUAUGGUAGAGAAACACUCACAUUUUAGUUUACAACCUAAAAGCCAGGUUCUAUAUGGACAGUGGAUAGAAAGUGAUCCAGUAGUUUCGUACAGAUCAAAGAUUUUCUAUUCACUGCUGAGAAUAGAGCGGUGCCCUAGUCAUUCAUUUUCUCUGGUCUUACAUUAAAACUUGAUGGAUGCUCUCUUUAGUUCUGGUGACAUAUGUCGUACACUGUACAGUUCCUCCCUCAUCGAUAACUUCACGCUAUUGAAACAUUAACCGUUAGCACAGCAUUUUUCAUAAUGAUAGAGCACUUUUAUGUUAACUUUGUAAUACCAGUUAUAAAUUAAAAGCUAUAGUGAUAAAUACUCUGUGUAAAUAGGAAGGGUAACAAGUUAGCUGAAAUGAAAUUAAUCAUUCUAAAUAUGAUUUGAAAAGAUUUUCAUUUCAGAAUAUUUAAUUGCUUCAAGGGCAACUUCUAAUGGCCCCAACUUUCAGCUCUAACACUGGCAAAUGUGUAAGAAACUUUUCAUUAGAAAGUGAAAGAUAUAUAAAGAAAUACAGAAAUAUAGAAAGAAAUACAGGAGCGUGAUGCUUGGUGUUCAAUCAUGCAUCUCCUAAUACUCAAAGUAAGUAAAGCCUCAUCAUCUUCCAUGACUGUUAUUUGUGACUCUGUGAUUACAUGUUAUUUACUUUCUAUGGGGCAGUUUUUGCAAAUUUCUUUUAAAGGUAUCGUAUUAAAAUUCUAGGGCUGUCUGAAGUCUAAAUGCUGGUAUUUGUCUUUCUAUUUUCCAACAAAAAGAUGUUUGAAGUAGAGAUGUUUUGUGCCAGUGCUGUUAGCAGCAGUUGAAAUGGCGAAAAGAUUUCCCACAAAUAGCUUUCAAAAUUAUGUGCAGACAAGGGAAGAAACUUGAUGAAGUAAACCUGCAGGAAAGUACAAAAGUGUAUUCCAGAUCAAUGAGAAUGUGACUCAUAGUGAAAAUUUUGUUGAGUAAAUAAAUAGCAGACAACUGAUUUGUCAUCACAUAGCCUAACAUGCCGUAAAGUACAAUUUAAAACUACCGACCAUCUUUUUUGUGUGUUAAGCAUUUUUGCUUUACAGACAUUUCUCCUCAGGCAGAUGUUGGUUUUAAAUACAUUGCAAAUAUGUAACAUAUUAAAGUCAAGAUAUGUUAAAUGCCUGAAAUAAAUAAACUGCCUAAGUUGUGAGGAGUAGAUAAAAUAUUUAGUGUUCUUUCAUUGAACAUACCAUUAGAAAAUAAUAAUUUUUUAUUACUACAAUUUUCCAAGCUAGGAAGUCACAUUUUGUUGCAUAUGCAUAUUUAUUCUAUGGUUGUAACAUCAAUAGGAAGCUAUAUUUGACUAACUGUAAUUUAAUUAAACUGUUCUUCAGUACCUGCACAGAGUGCUCUUUAGUAAUUCAGAGGGCGUACAUUGAGAGGAAAAACAGUUUUCUGUCAUUACAGUGUCAGUAUUUUUCAGUUGUUCUAACUAACUGUCCACAGCCUACCCAUUAUAGCAAAAAGUACUUGCUGACCAAAGACUGUUUAAAAAACCUUGCAAUUUUAAAAUUACUUAUUCAGGGAAACAGUGGAAAUGAGUUUUAAUACGUGGUUGGUGUUUUCCUAGUUUGUUGACUUAUUAAAAGAUGUUUAGGUCAGAAUGCCUAGAUACUGAGCUUUGUUGCUUUAAUCAAGAGAAUAAACAAAAGGCUUCUUUACACAUAAAACUGUUCCUGAUUAAAUACACAUGGAAAAUGGGUCAAGCUGAACAGGAACAAAGCACUCUUAUUCCAAAAUAAGAGUGUUCACAUAUGGAAUUGUCCAGAAAUGGCAUUUAGUACUUUAAAAUGCCCAGCCAGUGUUAAUCUGUUUUAUCUUUCAAAUGCAGGAAGGCGCUACGCUUUUCCUUCUUCGUUUUUGUCUAUCGUAUUGGAAACACAAAGCACUGCAUGUUAAAAUUUACAUCACUUAAUUAGGACAUAUACAACCCUUGGCAGAAAAGGAGACAUGUUGGUCCAUAUUUAUUAUUAGAAAUGUUAUUUUUACUACUGUGUUGCAGUUGUACUGGAUCAAUGUGAAGAAAUGAUUUCCAGGAUAUACCUUCGCUUUUCAUAUGUUUAUUUGUCAAGAGAUAUAUGGCCGUUCUUUGGUGAAGAAAAAAAAAAAGAAAAACUGUACUAGAAGCAUUAAUAUAAUAUUAAAGAGACAAAAACUUAUGAUUGUUAUGAUGUGACCAUAUAAACACAUGAAAGCAAAUGAAAGUAAUAAUUAUUUUACAUGGCAAAUAUAGCUGCUUCUCACAGAUGUACUUUUUUAGAAGCAUCACUUGAAUUCUUUGUUAUCUUUAUUGCGAGUCAAUUCAGUUUUCUCUGUAUUGCAGUUACCUUCCCUGACACAUUAGCCGAGAUGCAUAGAUGCUAAUCUCUCAACUGCUAUCCAUAAUCUGGAUUAGCUGUUACCUCAGUCAUUUGAAUCAUCCAAUUCUUUUGCAGUUAUCUAGUUAUCUAGUCUCAGCUUCUCAUGUGAUUCUGUGAUUCUAUGUAUAUUUUUUCUUUUGAGACAUAUGCAGAACACCUUGAUAGUCUUUCUUCAUAAUUCAUUACUUGGAUUGGUUUGAAUGUACUUACUGGUUAUAUAUUUUUUCAGGAUAGUUUUUCUCAACUAGGAAGGUCAUAAAGACAUUCUUUUUCUCCAAAUGGGUUUUAAAAUAUUAUAAUACAUUUUUUUCUGUAUAGACAGCACAAACAUAUCAAAGUAAACCUAACAAUGUAAUUUGAAAUACAGAUGUGUAAAUACCAAGGCUUUGUUAUUUUUAAAUUUGUAAAUAUUUUCCCAUUGAAGAACAAUAUGAAUUUUUACUGCUUCUCUGCAUUAUUGUGCCUUAUUUUUUUUACUUACAUUAUCAAUUUGUGCAGUGAAGCUGUGAUUAUUCAAAUUGCUUACAAGGAAAAAGGGUAAGAUUUUUUAAAAAUCUGAGUUCUUUCUGAUUUUUCAUGUCCUUUCAUUUCUAAACUCUUCAAUCACUUUCUGUCCUUUUUUCCCCAUGUCUUUCAUGUUUUGGGAUUUCAUGUGGUACAAGGCCAGUAGUGGUGAGACACACAUAAUGAAAUUUCAGGAAAAUAAAUAUUUGGGGAAAACAACUCUGUAGUACAGUAGACUUAAAGGUAAAAAUUAGCACAGAGAAUUGCACAGAGUACAGUGCAAUAGUCAAGUAAAAGUGUUUCUGAAAGUUUCGAUCCUACUUAGCAUCCCUCUUUUUUGGAUGAGUUGCAACCCUUAGAAGCAUGGAAUUAAUCAGCUGCUGAUAUUAUGCUCACUGUUUAUAGAUGUAACUAUUAUGACAAUUGCUUUUUUGUUUGAACUCAUUAGUCUUUGUUGAUUACUUUAAUGGAAGAAUUUAUUUAAUUUAAUGGAAGGUGUUGCAUUCUGUCAUACGCAUACAUUCUUGAAUGUACAUUUACAUAGAGCCAGACUAAUCGUGGAGACAUUCAAACUCAGGAUGGAUGGGGCUCUGAGCAGCCUGAUCGAGCUGUAGGUAUCCCUGUUCAUUGCGGAAGAGUUGGACUGGAUGGCCUUUAAAGGUCCCUUCCAACUCAAACGAUUUCAUGAAAUUCAAAUGUAAUGGUCCACCACUGCAACUCUAUUACAAACUUUGUGCUAUUAGUGCACUGAUAUUAACAAUUCUCUCUACAGACUCUAUCUUAAGGGCUGUUCUCCAAACAGAUUUCCAUUCCUGGUCCAGUCUUGCAUGCAAUGAAAUAUAACCCAUGGACUGAAUGAAUGUUAUUUACUUGACUGAAAUGUGUAUUUGAUAGGUGUGUUAUGUUGACAAGUUCUGUUACUCUGUAUUAUAGAAGAAGUGUAUUAUAUGUCUGUGUAGAACCAAAAGUUACAAUUCAAAGAAAGGAAUAUCUUUUGCAGACAUGUGGUCCCAAAAUAGGAUGCCUCCAUUUCUAGGCUGUUCAAAAUGAACAGGAAUACUACUACACGAGUGCUUGACUAUAGUAGUAUGUAUAUGUUUUUAUUCUAUUUUUGGAUGCAGACAUAUCAGUCAAAAUGCUCUGUUUGUUCUUCUCUUUUAGUGGUAUUCAUUCAUUAAAGGCAAAUUAUCAACAUAUAGGGUUGAUAUAUGUGUGUGUGCAUUUCCAUGUUUGUGUAUGUGCACAUACAUGCAUGUCUAUAUACUGUAAUGCUGCUAUUUACUUAACUAAAAGUUGCCUUUAAGCAGCUCUUUUCUCUCUGGAAACCUUUUAAGCAACUGAGCCUCAGAAUUAGUGUGUUCACAUGGAGGGAGUUAGAAAAAGCACAAAAGAAAUGCAUUUGAAUAAGCAUGCACUUUUGUACAUUCUUUGACGAUUCGAUUGUUAUGACAUACCAAAGCUGCUUCCUACCAGUCGCAUGGAUUACAGAUUACCCCCUACAUAUAGGCUUUGGACUGAGUAAAGCCCAGAUGUUCUUUCUCACAUGUACUGUUAUUACGUGAUUAAAUAAAAUGUUCUUGUGUUUGGAA